AUGUUCCCUAAGAACGUUAGUCAACCACGUGGGAGCAAAGGACGAGGAGGAGCUACGCUGGCGUUCCUGACCAGCGGGCUGUUCAUCGGCUUCAGCUCGCCGAUGAUCCCGCGGCUGCAGCAGAACACGUCGCACAUCGUCAUCUCGGCGGACGAGGGCUCGUGGAUGGCGUCGGUGGGCAUGAUCACCACCGUCCCGCCCUCGCUGGUGUCCGCCUGGCUGGUCGACGUGGUCGGCCGGCGGCCCAUCGUGCUCAGCUGCGCGCUGCCCUUCCUGGGCUCCGCACUCUGGCUGCGCUUCGCCUCCUCCUUCUGGGAGCUGCUCACCGCCGUCAUCAUCGCCAACCUCGCCAUUGGCUUCAUCAUGCCGGUGAUUCCGUUGUACUUAGUGGAGAUAGCGGAGGACCGCGUCAGAGGAAUGCUGAUCACGCUCUUCACACUGAUGGGCGGGACAGGCUCGUUCCUGAUGAUGAUCGUGGGUUCCUACCUGCCUUACUUCGCGGUGACCGAGUUCAUCAUGCCGUGGCCCGUCGUAUUCGUGGCGAUAUUCUGGUGGAUGCCGGAGAGCCCUUACUUCCUUGUUGCCAAGCACCGGACAGAGGCGGCCAAGACGGCGGUGAUGAGGCUGCGCGGGAAGAACUCGGAGAAGGACGUGAGCGCCGAGCUGGACGCCAUCCAGAAGGCCGUCGACGACCGCAGCAAGAACGAGAUCAGCGUCGCCGACGCCUUCCGAGCCCUGCGCAGAGACCCCGGGGCGCGCCGUGCUGUGGCGGAGUGUAUUUGUCAAAAAACUAGAGCCAUUGGAUGA